GCUGGGGUACUUGUUCAGAGGCUCACCCGAGGCCAGAACGCAAGGACGCACAGAAGCACGACCAUGAAGGACCUUAAGGGAAAAGUUGCCCUCGUAACGGGAGCGGCGACAGGUUUCGGGAAGGCGAUUGUCGACCUCCUCCUCGGCAGGGGAUGCAAGGUAGCUCUUGUGGACAUGGAUUGCUCUGUAGGCAAGCAGACAACCGCGGAGUUUCAGGCGAAGUACGGGAAGGACAGCUGCAUUUUCUUGAAGUGUGACGUCACUGACGACCAAGAACUUGACGACUGCUUCUGCCAGACUCGUUCUCACUUCGGUGGCCUCGACAUCGUCAUCAACAACGCCGGCAUUGCUGGGGAGGCUAAGUGGAAGAAGAUCUUCGCCAUAAACGCUCAAGCCGUGUUCAGUGGAAUCCUCCUCGGCUUCAAGUACAUGGGAAAGGACAAUGGCCAGAAAGGCGGACACAUCAUCAACGUCGCCUCGGACGCUGGCCUCAGGGUGAAGCCCAUGAUCCCUGCCUACAACGCGGCCAAGACAGCCGUGGUCGCCAUGACGAGGGCUUUCGGGAGUGACCUCUACCUGAACCGUCACGGAGUCAAGGUGAACUGUAUCUGCCCCGAGCCCAUGAACACGCCGAUGUGGUGGGGCAUAUCCGCCUUCUGCAAGACCCGGGAGGACACCACCGCCAUGGCCCUGGAUUUCGACAAACGCGUUAUGACUGUCGAUCACGUGGCCAAGGGCAUCUUGAUGAUCCUGGAAGACGACAAGAACGGCGCUGCCUUGACGGCAUUCCACGGCCAAGAGUUGCGCUACUUCCAGUUCCAGGACUGUUGAGGAACAUCAACUGACUUGUCUCCGUCAGUGUCAGGCGUGCAACAGUAGAAUCGGUAGUGAACUUUCACCGACGAUGUCAUGGAUGCAAAUAAAGACCCUCGUUGAAUACCAAG